GCGACGCUGAACGGGAGAUCUCUGCCUGCAGGUGCCCGAGCUGGAGAAAGCCACUGUCCGCAUACAGCAGCCGGAGCGUGUGAUGGGGAUAAUCCGGUCCAUCAAGGAGCAGGGGAUGAACAAGCUGCAGGUCAUUUCUGACUUCGACAUGACGCUGAGCAGGUUUGGGUGCAACGGCAGACGCUGCCCCACUUCGCACAAUAUCCUUGAUAACAGUCAUGUUAUCAGUGAGGACGGCAAGAAGAAGCUGAAAGACCUGCUGCACUAUUACUAUCCCAUUGAAAUCGAUCCCAACCGGACCCUGGAAGAGAAACGUCCCCUCAUGGUGGAGUGGUGGACCAGGGCCCACGAGCUGCUGUCGCAGCAGAAGAUCCAGAAGGGAGACAUAGCCCAGAUAGUCAGAGAAUCGGACGUGAUGCUGAGGGAUGGAUUCAAUGAAUUAUUUGACCAGCUGCAUAAGUACAACGUCCCCUUGUUCAUCUUCUCGGCUGGCGUUGGUGACAUCCUUGAAGAGAUUAUCCGUCAGGCCAACGUCUUCUACUCAAACGUCAACGUGGUGUCCAACUACAUGGACUUCGACGAUAACGGAGUCCUCACGCGUUUCAAGGGACCUCUCAUCCACACCUACAACAAGAACAACAGCGUCCUGCAGGGCACGGAAUAUUUCCAGCAGCUGAGCACUAGGACGAGCAUCAUCUUGCUGGGGGACUCCAUGGGUGAUCUGACGAUGGCAGAUGGGGUUCCCAGUGUGGAGAACAUCCUCAAGAUUGGCUUUCUCAAUGACAAGGUGGAAGAGCAGAGGGGGAAGUACCUGGAUGCCUACGACAUUGUGCUGGAGAGCGAUGAGACGCUGGACGUGGUCAACGGGAUUCUCCGGUACAUCCUUAUGGAGAGAUGAGCUGAGAAAGCAGCAUCCCAGCUCCAGCCCCUCAGCAAGAGAAGGCAGUGAAAGCCCUUCCCUCGACAAAGCUGGAGUGGAUCUUCUGGUACCUGCUGGACUCCAUCCUGAUGCUGGGCAGGCUCCCUGCCGUGGCUCUCUCGUGUGUUGUGCACAUCCCAACCUCACUAACCCCCUUCGGUCAGCCCUGGAGUGCAAGGGGUGAGAUGGAAGAAGCUUCUCCACUCCCUUUACCCCACCUGUGCCCAGCUUUGCUGCAUCCCUCUCGGACUUCAUCCCUCUCGGACUUCAUCCCUCUCGGACUUCAUCCCUCUCGGACUUCAUCCCAGCCAGUGCCUGAGGCCACAACAAACCAUUUCGAGUUUCAGGUAGAGAUGUUCUGCGCUUGCUUCAGCGGCUGCGCGCAGAAAUGGAGAUGGCUUGCUGUGGCUUGAGGACAGACCUGUUUUAAAUGGAAGCUUUUUAUUUUUA